AAUAAUAAUAAUAAUAAAACAUGGCUAGCUGGCUGUCGUCGAACAGCGACGACGAAUCUAUGGACCGUAAUUACGUGCGAAAUGCUUUGAAGUACAUUACGAACUUCAAGGAGGAUUCCAACAACGAGAAAGAAUUGAAGUGCCUCGCACGACAGCAUCAAGAGCUUUUGUUGGAACAACGAUACCAACGUCAAGCCAUUAAUAAUGAUGGUGUUGAAGAAGGAAUAGUCGCGGAGGACCGAGAUGGCUGCGAAAUUAAUUGGGACUCUUUACUUUGUUGGCCUUACACCUCACCGGGAACUCUUGCCGUAUUACCUUGCUUUGAAGAACUUAAUGGCAUACGAUACGACAAUACUCAGAACGCAAGUCGAUGGUGUUGGCAAAAUGGUACAUGGGAUAGUUAUACGAAUUAUUCUUCGUGUCAUGACAUUCAACCAUCAACUAUAGAAGCUGGUGUAGAAAUUACGACAAAAAUAUACUUUAUUGGUUAUGGCUUAUCUCUUUGUACAUUAGCUGUAGCUGUCUCUAUAUUUCUAUAUUUUAAAGAACUGAGAUGUCUUAGAAACAAUAUACAUAUAAAUUUAAUGUUAACGUACAUUCUGGCUGACCUCAUGUGGAUACUAACCACCGCAAUGCAGGUUUCCAUGCAAACGGAUAUACCAACUUGUGUCACGUUCUUCUCCCUUCUUCAUUAUUUUCAAUUGACCAAUUUCUUCUGGAUGUUUGUCGAAGGAUUGUAUCUCUAUUUGUUAGUUGUAAGAACUUUUACGGGUGAUAAUAUUAAGUUGAGAAUGUGUCUUGUAAUCGGUUGGGGUCUUCCAAUUUUCAUCAUAGCCAUAUGGGGUAUUGCCAAAUCUCUGGUCACUCAAGGAAAUCAGAAUAUCGCACUUUGGAAACACUGUCCAUGGAUGACACCACAUCCAUGCGAUUGGAUUUAUCAAGCAUCUGUCAUUACAGUUCUUGGUGUUAAUGUAAUCUUCUUAUUCUUGAUCAUGUGGGUACUGAUAACUAAAUUAUGGUCAGCGAACAAUGCAGAAACGCAACAAUACAGAAAAGCUAGCAAAGCUUUACUGGUGCUCAUACCACUUCUUGGAGUGACAUAUGUUCUGGUUCUCGCUGGACCAACGGAAGGUCAAGCUGCUAAUGCAUUUUCUUACACCCGUGCUGUGUUACUCUCUUCUCAGGGUUUGCUGGUGACGCUAUUCUAUUGUUUUCUCAAUACCGAGGUGCAAAGUGCACUGAGACAUCACUUUGCAACGUGGACAACGUCGCGUGAUCUUGGCAAUAGUCGAAGGUAUUACAAGAAUUGGUCUCCGCGCUCAAGAACAGAAAGCAUAAGGCUAUACGGCCAACCUUCAAAUCCAUAUCGUAAAAGGGAAUCUACAGUAAGUGAAACAACAACCACAACGGUGAUAGGUGCUAAUUCAACAACAACUUUUCUGGACAAAUCUAAGAAAGCCAUUUCAGAAGAUUCAAAUGAAUAAAAUUUAACACAAAGCAAAUUUGUAUAAGAGAAGAAACUGUGGUAAGAUAAUUGAGCGUAAUGAACUCAUUGUAGGAAAUAUAUCUUUUCAUAAAUGUCAUUGUGUUAUCAAUUAUGAUGUUAAUAUAAUGAUGAUAUACUUUUUGCGAUCUUUAUACAUUGUAUAUGUUAUUGAUCGUUUCAAAAUUGUCAACUCAUCUUUGUUCGCUUAAAAAGUAUCUUCGAUUUUUGUACCAGCCAAAAAUAAUGAUAAUUAAUAUUAGUACGCAUUAAAUCGUUAUUAAAUACUACUAAUAAA